AUGUCGAUAUCAGCCAUACCCUCGACCGGCCUCACCCUCCAUGGACUCGCUGCUAUCGACCAAGACCCCAAGCACGACACGAAUCCGGCCAUUCUGUUCAGGCUGAACGACAGCCUGCUCGAAGAUGUCAAGAAAGCCUCCUCUUGUCAGGGCGGCCUGCAGCUGCUCACGGGCAGUGCCCCCAAAAUUCGACUCGGCAAAAGGACAAUCGAUCUCACAAUAUCGCCGGAAGCGUUUCGACACGAAUUGUACACCGCAUCGACCGAUUCCCUGAGCGACUUCGACUUUGCUGGCAUUGUCAGCCAUCGUGCAGAGCUGAAGGUCCCCGAACGGAAGCAGAGCUUGGGUAGUGAUGCCGCGCUUGCCGCCCUGCAGAGCAGCCUGGCAUCGUAUCAACAGGAGAAGCAGGCCAAGUCGGUCAACAUUAGCAACAAUCUCGUUGCUGUGCCAAAGCACCGAUGGGAUGCCAAUCGAGAGCAGAAACAAGCCAAGAAACGGGGUCUGCUGGGAUCUCAUUCUUCCAGUCCCCCAAUUGGUACCGGAGGCGCACAUCACGUCGGUUCGGCACCUACAUCAGUCCCAGCAGGCGAGUCGUUUGCCAGAGCCCAGGCGAUGAAGACACCGCUCCUACACCUACUCGCAGUAAAACCGCUCUCGACAGAAGAUAUUAUACAGAAGACGCAUAUACCACAUGGCGAUCUUGAAGAGAUGAUGCAAAAGAUUGGAAAGCAAGAUGCAGGAAAGUGGCAGUUGACCGACAGAUCGUACAGAGAUUUGGACGUGUGGAAGUUUGGAUACAGUACGAAGGAAAGAGACGCAGCAAUUGAGAACGCAAUAAGAGCAUAUGAUAGAAUGCGGCUGGGCAAGGAUGAGAAGCUGUGGCAGAUGCUGCUUCGUGAGGAGGAGAGGGACAAAGGAAAGAUAUUGUCGAAGCUGCAUCUGGGUGGCGGACCUUCGAAGCUCACCCCCAAUCUCGCCGCGAGUCCGAUGCCAGAGGAUGGUCAGGCAAUCAGUGCGUCGAACACCCCACGACUGGGUCCUUCAUCCGCGCCAAAAGUCGGCACUAAGAAGAAUGAGGCUGGGUCGUUUGAGAAGAAGCUGUUUUCCAACAAAGAUCCCAAGAAACGCGCUCUUGAAGAUGCCAAGGAGAAGAAACGCAGAGAGAAAGAGGCUGCUGCGGCGAGCGAUCGAGAAGGGGGCAAACCCGCGAGGAAGAAGCAGACCAUCGCAAGGAAUAACCCCAAAGUCAAGUCAGAAGAGCUAGUGCGCAGCUCGAGUGAUGAGAGUGAGGGAGAGGAGAGAAAUACGCCAGCACCAUCAAGCAGCCAGCCGAAAGCAGCUGCAGCCGACCGCAAGCCCCUUGCAAACGCAAACGCCAAGAAACAAACCGCGACAACAUCUUCGACACUCAGCGAGGCGGCGGCAAAAGUCAAAUCAAAGGUCGCUGCAGAAAGUGCGGCAACGCCAAAGGCUGGAACGCCUGCUUCGAAGCAAUCUUCGGCCACCAAAGGGACCAAGUCAUCUACUGCCGGCAAAAACACGCCAAACGGACUCUCCGCCCCAGCAUCACAGCAUCGAAGUCAAUUGAGCCCACAAAAACCUGGAAGCAGACCGAGUGUGCCGUCGCCGUUGGGGGCAGCCCGUCCACGCGUGGCUUCUGACGUUUCGGAUAGGGGCGCUGUAGGCGUACAGCGAGUAAGACAGGGCGCUGAAACUCCGAAGGGCCUGGGUAUCACCAACGGAAUCAGAAAACGACAGGACACUGUGACAAGCAACGAGUCUUACCUGUCCUCGAAUUCGGACAAGAUGAACGGCGACCAGCACAAGGCGAAUGCGGUCAAGUCCCACAAGCCAGGAGCCAAUGGAGCAGCCACGUCCAAGUCGUCGCUCGCCAAUGGAAAUACUCACAAGGGAGAAAACGGACUCAAGCGAAAGACCGUUGAUUCACCAUCAACAUCGCAGGAGAAUGGUCACGCUGUCAAACACCGCAAGACGGAAUCGACCUCGUCCCAGUCACAGAAGUCGCGCAAUGGAUCGAUUGGGGCAACGAGCAGUACAGAUGCAGCGCCAUUGGAGCGCAGCACGAGCAGCGAGAGCACGGGUUCCAUCAUCAACGACAUCACAUUCAGCCAAGGCGUGAAUAUUGCCCAAAAGUUCCGCGACGAGUACUAUCCGGCUUAUGCGAAACUCUACGAUGAACAAGCGGCGAUGGAGAAGAGGGGAGAGACGGUGCCUCGCCAUGACCGGCAGCGAUUGUGGGACAUGCACAAGCGGUUGGAGCAGAUGAAGCGGGAGAUCAAAGCGGCUAGUCGACGAGAGCAUCUGGACGAGUAG